CUUUAUCUUCCUAAGGUGAGCUCAGUGAUUCAGAAUGUGGACUCCUCAGGCUGCAGUUCCUCUCCUGCUUUUAGUGAUGAUCCCUGUUCCUGGGGAAAGUGUGAAGUUCCCCAUGCUCCUAGAGACAAUAUCUGACUGUGUUACGACUCAGUGCUCCAUGAAGAUUCAGGCCUGUGAGAAACUCCAUGGAGAGGCUCCAACCCCCCAGCUGAAAGGCUGUGUUGCUAAAAGCUGCAGAGAAACCAUGAUUGGCUGUAUGGACUGGAUUCCCAAGGCCGUUUUGGCUGCACGGCUGAGCCAGACCCAGGUGCUGCCCCGAGAAUACAUGAAAAAUAUACUUGACACAACAAUCGAGGCGGUUGUAGAUUCAUAUCUCUACUGCUUUAGAUCCACAGACCUUCAGAAUUCCACCCAGUCAAUGGAGUGCCUUCUGGGAAAUGUGCUGGAUAGAGUCGAGCCAUAUAUCAAAUUGUGGUUGGGCAUCCUCGGGUUCCCCGAUACAGAUUUGCUGAUGUGUUUUGUGAGGAAAUGGAUCAGCUCAAUAGCCAGCUGCAUGAAUGACAUAGAUAAGGACUACCAUUCUCAGCUGGUGGAAAACAUACAGAGGGAAAUGGAUUUUAAUCCAUACGAUUACAUAUCCUGUGCGGCAGUGUCAUUUCGUCAGAAGGAGUGUUUCCCGAUGUUUUCGCGAAUUUACGGUUCUACUCCAGCUCUGGAAACUCAAUCAAAAGGGCUUUUCGUCUGCGUUAUGAAUGGGCUGGUGGUAUCAGCAGCAGCAUGCUAACAUGGAAGUGUCAUGAAUAAAAAAACAGUUUCCACCUCUUAACCUAAGAUAAUGAAAGCUUAUCCCCACCAAUUAGCAUGGCGCUAUCCGAACGAAUAGAUUGAAUUAUGUGGCUUCUGACACCUUUUCUUACUUUGUAUGUAGUUAUUCCUCAAUCUCUGAAAAGAGGAUUGUGCUUCUUUAUUGGCUAUCCACCUUUUAAAUGAUGUUACUGUGAUUUCAAAAUUUUCAUUUUAAUGUUCUAC